AUGAUCAGCUGGACCAGCCUCCUCGUCCUCUGCAGCGUCCUGAGUCCUGCUCUCUGCUGUGAUUGGCUCAGACACUACGGUCACUACAGCAACAUCUCUCUGACCCUCAUCCGCCUCAUGGCCGGCCAGCUGACUGAACAGGACAGUCCAGUUUCCUUUCCAUACAAAUUCUACAAACACAUACGCAACUCUGAGGUGAGGUCCAAGGUGGUUUUCAUCAGAGACAGUCUGGUCCAGAUCUCUGACCUUUAUCGCCAUGACAACCUCUCCUCCGUUUCCUGGGAUAUCGACAAUACUAAUAGAUUCCGGAUGAGCAUCGACAGACAGAUAGACGGCCUGAACACCUGUGUGUCGACUGAGCAGAGAGCCGACAACCGUCUGAGGAAAUACUACAGGAGACUGAGGACAAGUACUCUGGACCGCACUGGGGCGGGGCCUGCGUCCUGGGAGCUGAUCAGGAAGGAGACUCAGCUGCACCUGGAUCAGUUGGACCUGCUGGUGAACUCCAUCAGAUCUUCAGCUGCUGCCAGCAGGAGGCGCUCUACACCAAGUCAACACCAAGACUGACACAAUGCCUCUCAUCAACUGUUUCUGUCUAUUUAUUGAUUUAUCAGGUUUAUAUUUAUUGAUUUAUCAGGUUUAUAUUUAUUUAUUUAUUUAUUUGUA